ACUCGUCGGUUGGCGUCUGCGCGUUUCGUCGGCCGUUUGCGUUGCGUUUGCUGAUCUUAUGUUGCGGGUUUUGUUUUGUGGAUCGAAAUCAUAGGUAUUUUGUCCCGCUUUAUUUAUGCUCCUCGCGUUGGUGUUCGUUAGUUUCACGGAGCCGCCGCGGUUGCCCCUAAAUCGAUUAAAGUUCAAUGGCGCUGCUGGUGUUGGUGUGAAUCUGUGAGACCGCUUCCAGCUUCUAGGGAAUAGAUCAACGAUCCGGGUGGGAUCUAAACACGUCCGGCAGGGUGAAUACAGAAGAAGAUGUGGUAGUUUAAUUUAGUGUGAAUUUACAGUUAUUCGUGUCAUCGGUGGUGGUUUGCGGGUCUCUUCAAGUGUGGAUUUUGUGUUACCUGUUACGUAUUUCGACGUGGAUAGCAGAUGGAAUCAGCUACAACAGGUUUUAUUUACUGUUUACGGAACACCGUAAGAGUGCUAAUAGGAGUAGAAUAAAUCCCUCCAGAGCACGGUUUUUCUGCUCGCGGAGAAUUCCGUGCAACAGAGCAGACAAAUCAAUUCCGUGAUUAAUCUUUCCAGUUGGAAUACGUCCGCAUGUGGUUAGUGAUUGGAUAUUGAUGGCAUGGAUAAUAGGAUUAUGUUCUUAAUUGGUUCAGUAUAGCAGUACACGACCCUUCAACAGUUCAUGCAGGAUCAAACUCAUCGCUCUGUGGAAGCAAUAAGACCAGACAACAAGUGCUCGACAAGAUCGAAAAAGGCCAAGUUAAUAUAUUAGUGUGGAAAUGAAGUACAAUUUCCGGUCCAUACUUCAUUUCGGUUGUCAUUGUUUGUGGGUCAACAGUGUUGUGUGAUGCCGUAGCAAUCCGGUGGUGGUGUUGGUGGUGCUGAUGGCAAAUAUGAAAAGUGCAUGAAAUAUGACGAAGAAAGUGUGCAGUUUACCGAGCACUUGGUGAAGAAGAGCACUAGGUAAUACCGAAUAUCAGCGACACGAACCGGUGGAAGCAAACCACCAUCUUGGCGCAAAGGGUUCGGGGCUCGGAGGAAAAUUCAAAUAAUAGUGUGCUGUUUGUUUCUACUCUGGGUUAGCGGUGAUUUGUUUUCCCAGCAAGCAAGCAGAGUGGUUUCCAUUGUGCGACGAGUGGCGAGCAUCCGACACAGUUUGGCUGGCUGGCUGGCUGGCUGUUGACUGUAGGAUUUGUUUGAAGAUAGCAGCCGGAGGUUUCUCGUGUUCCUCCCGGUGUCAAGUUGCCACGGUACAUACCCAUUUUCAUACUGCAAAAGCGCAUCCAUCGCAGCAACUUCAAGGAUUUAUUUCCACCAUCAAACCACCAGGAGCCCGGGACGUACCGGCAGAGACGCCGCCCAACAAUGAUAGCCCAGCGAUGGACAGUUUUAAUACCGUUCGUUACGAUAGUACUGCUGCUCGAGACAUGCCACUGCAACCUGCCGCCCAUCUUCACGCAGGACAUGAACAACCUGGCACUGUCCGAGUCCACCCCGGUAGGCAGUGUCGUCUAUCGGCUGGAGGGUUACGACCCGGAGGGCGGUAACGUUUCGUUCGGGCUGCUCGGCUCGGAUAACUUCAUGGUGGAUCCGAUCAGCGGUGAUGUGAAGGUGAUAAAACCGUUGGACCGUGAGGCUCAGGACACCUUAUCCUUUUCGGUAUCUAUCAAGGAUCGCGUCAGCACCGCCGGAAUCGAUUCCGAAAACGACAAUAUCGUCAACGUGCCGAUCAAGAUAAUCGUGCUGGACGAGAACGACCAUCCGCCGGAAUUUCAAAAUGUACCAUACGAAACGGAAGUGCUGGAGAACGCCCGGCCCGGUACGACGGUGUUCGGUGGGAUCUUGGUGAUGGACAAGGAUACGGUCGGCGAAAACCUGGACGUGACUUGCAUUCCACAGUCGCAGAAUCCGGACGCGUGUGACAAGUUUUCCGUCGUCAUUUUGGAAAGCCGACAGGACAAACUGACGGCGGCGGUGGUGCUGAACGGUCGGUUGGAUUACAACGAACGGAUGAUUUAUCAAAUUUUGCUCGAGGCUACCGAUGGCAUGUUCAACGCAACCGCCGGGUUGGAAAUUCACGUAAAAGAUGUCCAAAAUAGUCCACCGGUGUUUCAGGGCUCACUGGCCGCCGUUAUUAAUGAGGACAGCCCGAUUGGUACGCUGGUGAUGACCAUUCAUGCACGGGACGGUGAUCGUGGCCAGCCUAGGAAAAUCGUUUACGAAUUAGUGACGAAUCCAAUGGAUUAUUUUCUGCUGGACCGGCAAACCGGUGAACUUCGUACGGCAAAACCGUUGGACAAAGAAGCACUGCCGGAUGACACGGGAUUGAUCAUUCUAACGGUCAAGGCUAGAGAGUUGAUUGACGGAAUUCCGGGAAACGAUAAUUUAACGGUGGCCAGCACUCAAGCGUCGAUUACUAUACGGGAUGUUAACGAUUCGCCUCCAAUGUUCAACAAAAAGGAAUACUUUGUGUCGAUGUCGGAAAACACAGCCCCAGGUACUCCACUGCCCAUCGAAAUGAGCGUCCACGAUCCGGAUGUGGGAGAGAAUGCAGUUUUCUCGUUGCGUUUGAAUGACGUUUCCGAAGUGUUCGAUGUGGAACCCAAACUGGUGAUGGGUUCUUCCCAAAUCAGCAUCCGAGUGGCGAAUGGUUCGCUGGAUUACGAGAAUCCCAAUCAGAGAAAGUUUAUUGUGCUGGUUAUUGCUGAGGAAACCAAAACCAAUCCGAAACUAUCCUCAACGGCAACACUGACAGUGUCCAUCACUGAUUCCAACGACAACCGGCCGAUAUUCGAACAGGACUCCUACUCGACUACCGUUCUGGAGAGUGCCAAUCCCGGUCAUUUGAUAACGACGAUCAUUGCUAGAGAUCUGGAUUCCGGACAUUUCGGUGAUCAAGGAAUUCGAUACUCACUAUCGGGAACCGGUGCCGAACUAUUUCACGUGGAUCCAAUAACGGGAGCGAUCACGGUAGCACCUUGUCCACCACAGGCCAACGAAAAUGUCCCCGGUAGGCGAAAAAGGCAAAUACCUAGCUCAGCCGAGUUGACUAUGGACUAUCCCGAAAUGAACAAAUUCAAUGUUUCCACGGAUGGCCGCUCGGGAUUGCUAGAUCAUGAGGAUGAAUACAUGGCGUACCGGAUUUUUAACGGUGGCGAAUCGAACGAGUUCAAAGACGUAAACGUAAUCGCUCCUCCGACGGUUUCCAGUUGGGAAACUUCCAGCACGGAAGAGCGAGACGUUACGACAAACUGGCCCGCAUCGAUGGAAAGUACACCGUUACCGAGCACCACCGUGCAGUCCAACGAAAUUCAGCCCCAGUCGGCAGAAGCUGGCCCGGGAAAAGCACCCUGCUUGGAUUACGAAAACCAGUCCGUAUAUUAUUUAUCAUACAAAGCAACCGACGACGAAGGCCGCGGCCAAACGUCCGUUGUUUCGCUCCGAAUCACUCUCCUGGAUGCCAACGAUUCACCCCCGGUGUGCGAGAGUCCUCUGUACCGGGCUUCGGUGGACGAAGGGGCUACCGCAUUCGAACCCCCGCUAAUCAUCAAAGCACGCGAUCCGGAUGUCGUUUCGGAAAUCAACUAUCGAAUAAUUGGCAAUGAUGCAAUUACGCAUCACUUCCAAAUCGACAAACGAACCGGUCAGCUGACCAUCUCCAAGAGCAGCGCGCUUGACGUCAACCAUUUGAAGUCGGAAAAUGUGUUCUUUGCUGUUGAGGCAAGCGAUGGUCUCUUUACGACGCUCUGCAACGUGAACAUCACCAUCCGGGACGUGAACAACCAUGCACCGCAGUUCCCACGGGAACACAAUCUGGCAUCGAUCGAGGAAAAUUUCCCGAUUGGCACCAAAGUCGAACGUUUACAGGCAGUCGAUUUGGAUACGGGAAUCAACGCUGAGAUCAGGUAUCGGAUUCAGCAGGGUAGUUUCGAUGAUUUUGCUAUCGACAACCGAACCGGACUGGUGACGAUUGCCCGCAAGUUGGACUACGACCGACGGAAUACGUAUCAGAUGGAAAUUGUGGCGGCUGACUUGGGCACACCGAGCCUGUCCGGUACCACCACCCUAACGGUGAGCAUCAUCAACAGCAACGAUAAGGCACCGUACUUCACCCCAACCACCCAGCGGACGGAAGUGCUGGAGGACGCUCCGAUUGGGUCGCUGGUGCACACGUUGGUUGCGCUGGAUCCAGAUGUGGCCUCGAGCGAGGCCUUAGAUUACACCGCAUCCGAACCCAUCACGGCGGUCGAUAAGAAUGGCAAGGAGGUUAGCGAUUCGGAAGAUUUCAAGGAUAUGUUCACCGUCGAUCGGAGUGGAAAAGUCUUUCUGAGCAAAAAGUUGCAACGGGAUGAGUUUGCGGUAAUACGAAUUACUGUCCUCGUGACGGACACAACAGCUCCAUCGAUUCAGCAGGGAGAAGGUCUUCUCAUCAUCACAAUCAUUGACGUCAACGAAGAGCCACCGCUGUUUGUGCCACCCUGGACACCGACGGAUCCACGGUACCGGUUUCAGGUACUCGAGGAGCAACCGGUCGGAACCAUCCUGACGACGAUGCAAGCAACAGAUGCAGACUCCACGGUCGCCGAGUACCAGAUGACAGAUAAUGCCUAUUUCGAGAUAAACAACACAACAGGCCUCAUUCGGAGUAAGGCUCGUAUCGAUUACGAACAAGUCAGCACGAUAAGAUUUAACGUCACCGUGAUUGAUACCGGCAUACCGCGGUUGUCCUCGACGGCCGAAGUGACGGUCGAUAUCACCAACUCCAACGACAACGAUCCGGUAUUCGAGGAGCCGGAAUACCGAAUGGCAGUGCUGGAGAACUCCCCCGUCGGAACGGUGGUCGGAACGGUAACGGCACGGGACACUGAUUUGGGCCCGUACGGAGAGAUAUAUUACACACUAGUCGGUGACCACAGUGCUCAUUUUGCCAUCGAUCCCGACACCGGUGUGAUUACGGUACGCAACAGCACGGCGCUGGAUCGGGAACGGGAGUCGGAAAUUGGUUUGACGGCGAUUGCCGCCGACCGGGCACCGGAUGUGAUUCGACGGUCGACAACGGCACCGGUUAGCAUUAAAGUGCUGGAUGAGAACGAUAAUGCCCCCACCUUUUCGCAGAAAAUUUAUCACGCCUCGGUAGCGGAAAAUGCCGCCCUAAAGCCUCCGGCUGCAAUCCUGCAGGUCAGUGCCACCGAUCCGGAUGAAGGCGCAGCAGGAGAUGUGAAAUAUAGCAUCAUUAGCAGCAAUAUUGAAAACACUUUUCGGCUGGAUGCCAAUUCAGGCAUUCUGUAUCCGGGAGUCAGCUUACUCGGGUUGAAUGGACAAUAUCGAAUUGAAAUCGAAGCUCGGGACGGGCUCGGGUCCGGUCCGCAUAGCGAUACGGCCGUAAUAAUGAUUGAAAUACAAAGCAUCAAUCAACAUCGACCAGUUUUCAUUAUGCCAGCGCUGUACAAUGCAACGGUGGAAAUUCCGGAGAACUUGGCAACGGCGGAUUAUCUAGUGAUGACGGUGAAAGCAACCGACAACGAUGACGGAACAAACGGAAAAGUUUUGUACCACAUGCAAGUGAACAAUCAGAACGUACAGGAAACGGAUGAGUUCGCCAUCAACGAAAUGUCCGGCGAGCUGCGUAUUCGGAAGCCGUUGGAUCGGAAAAAGCAGUCCCGCUUCGAGUUGAUUCUGGUGGCCCGCGACCAGGGCACUCCGGCUUGGUUCGAGACGUUGCGCUUCCUAACCGUACUGUUGGUGGAUGUAAACGAGAACCAUCCCGAGUUCCCGGAUGCGUCCAAUCCGUACAAGUUCUUCAUCGCGGAGAACAGUCCGCGUGACAUCCGGAUCGGAAAGAUUCAGGCUUUCUACGAUAGCAUCGAUCCGAAGAUUUACUAUUACAUACUCCUGGGGAACGAUGAUAGAGCAUUUUACGUGGACAAAACAACGGGCGAUAUUUACACCAACAAGUCGUUGGAUCGAGAAGAAACGGAUGUUUACGCUUUGUACAUUCAAGCUAGUAAGAAACCUGAUUUGUUGAUUACCGAGAGAGACAGAAUGAUGAUGUCAAUUAAGAAGCUGGAACGAGACAGCACGGUUGCCAAGGUUUGGAUUACGGUGCUGGAUGUUAACGAUAACGCACCGGUGUUCCGACAGGAUGUUUACUACGCAGGAAUCAGUUCGAAAGCAUCGAUCAAUGAAUUGGUAACGGUGGUGAAUGCCACCGAUCGAGAUUUGGGAGUAAACUCUACAGUUGAACUGUUUAUCAGUGGUUCGUUUUUGUACAAGUACAAUUCACUCCAAACCACUGGAAGCAUCGUUCCCAGUCCGUUCACAAUCGGGAAAGAAGGUCGGAUUACUACGGCCAAUUACAUGGCUGAGUACAAUCAGGAUCGAUUCAUAUUGGAAAUUGUAGCCAAGGAAGUGGAAUCUCCCGAGCGGGUCGCAACCGCCAAGGUGUACGUUUGGAUCUUCAAUCCGGAGCAACUGGUGCGGGUGAUUCUGUCCAGGCCACCUUCGGAAGUGCACAUGGAACGUGACGAAAUCAUAUCCGAACUGUCCAACGCCACCCAGAAGCUAAUCGUGGUAGAUGAAAUACGUUACCAUGUGGACAGUUUGGGUAGGAUCCGAAUGGAUUGGUGUGACAUGUACUUCCACGCGAUCGACAUGACCACGCAGAUGAUUGUCCCGGUGGAGGAAGUUCUUCGGGAAAUCGACGCUAAAUAUGAUUUCUUGCAGGAUUACAAUGCCGGCUUUUCGAUUGAAAACGUGGUUCCGGCUUACGCAACUACCGUGCAGGAUGAGUUCGACCUGGCCCUGGCAGCGAUAAUCGCAUUGUUGAUAGUACUGUUUGUUGGUGCAGUGAGUUUCAUUGUUCUCUGCUGCUGUCUCAAGCACUGGGUUAUAACGAUACCAAGCGAGACCAGGCGAAAGGAUGCUCUAAUCAAAAAGCAGAUAAUCGAGGAUUUGAAUACCACGGAGAAUCCACUCUGGAUUGAGCAAAAAUUAAAGCUGUACGAGGAGCAGGAGCUAACGAUGCAAGUCUUUUCGGAGCCAGAACUGACCCAACAGCAGCAUCAGCAGCAGCAGCAGCAGCAGCAGUUGAAUAGUGCAAACACUACGUCGUCCUCAAUCAACCAGGAGCAAGCGCUGGUGCUGGGGCUGGACCGACGGGAUUCCUAUGAACUGUCCCAAGGUGGUGGCGAUAAUACAUACGCGACCAUACAGCCGCGAAAUUACACGUCCAAUCUGAGCGCGGUGCUUGGCACUGGAAUUGGCAGUAUCUCCGGUGGCGGUGGUGCUCCCGGAGGAGGAGGAGGUGUAGGAGGCAUGGGAAUAGGUGCUGGUGUCGGUAGCCUCGGACUGAGCGGGGAAAUGUCGGAUUAUGCGACGCUUCGGAACAGCCGAGCACCGUCGAUGUACGAGUUCCGAGGGUCAACGUUCCAGGUGCAGCAGCUACCGGGCGGAGAUCAGCCCGACUACGUGACGGAACUAAUUUAAAGGAACCGUUUGUUUUUAGGACAUUCCACAAAAGUGUUUAGUUUUAAGCGAAUACCCUCACUCAUUCAGCUAGCAGUAGAAUAUCAUUAGUGUAUGUGAAGGAGAAAUGGAACCGACCGACCGAGUAGAGCAUUGUGGAGCGGAAAGCCAUCGAGGAGUGUUUUGUUUUGUGUCAUUGUGUAACACGCACACACUAUAACAGACCACCACCAACCCCCAGAUUGCCAAAUUUAAACAAAGGGAAAAAUUAGACGAAAACAACACAAACAUAGAUGAAAACAGUUAGAAACAAAAAGACCCAAAAUGCUCAAUUUGUUAUACUGUGUUGAAAUAAUCAAGGCAACAUAAGCGAAGAUACGAUAUGCAAAAAAAACCAUCGAAAUGGUACCCGUAGAUUGACUUCUUUUACAUCAGACUUUUGAGAUUGUGAACGAGGUAACAAAACUUUGAUAGACAAUAAAUAGGGAAUAUCUCAAGACGUAGUAUUUAUGAGAUGUUAAUUUAAGUGUUAGCGCGGAUUUAAUGAGGCGUAACUAUUAUAAAAGUGCUAUUUUAUGUUGUGUAGGCUUAGUUAGAUGUAGUCUUCGACUGAUUGGAAACGUUGACGACGAUUUUUAGCACAGAAUAAGUUGGUAAUACGGUGAUCACAAGUUUAGCUAAAUUCAGUAUGUUUUAUUAGCAAAUUUACGAUAAUUUUUUAAUGUUUUACUAAUUCGCAUAUGGAAACAUAAGUCUUCGAAAGGAAGUGAGCGUAACACUAAAUGACAGGACAAGCAAAAAUAUCUGAUUGACCGGUGUCAGUAAAAGAAGUAGGUUCACGAGAUUCUGACACAAAUGGUCAGAUUUGAUGAUCGUUGAUCCAUUGCUCAUUUGUAUGUUAGAUUGACACAUGUUUCAUGAUAGAUAUUACAUUAUGUCAACUGUUAGUUACUUUUAUAAAAAAAAACGCAAGAAAUUUCGUAAUAUUGUAUGAAUAGACAAAACAAAUCACAACUUCCCAAAUUUUUAUAAACCUGAAAAGUAAAAUAUCAGAAUCAUUCCUCGCGAUAUUCAAUGUUCUGACCGGGAAUGAUAAUCAACAUUCGAAUCCAUCUUUUCAACCGUCCAGAUAUCCAUCUCAAUUAAUUUCCAUUGUUUAAAAUGAUCCUAUUUUGGUGGGUGUACUUUUCCGUGAGCCUCUGCCGAGUCUAAUUAAUGCAUUCAAUUGGAAAAAUUAAACUGCAACAUUUUUUUUUUCGCGGUAUUUAUUGAUCCCGGCCGGCUCACAUGCAAUGCAGCCAGAACCGAAUGAACUGGAGAAUUGAUUAAGAGCGAAAAUAAAUAAAAAAAAAGUAAUAAUCUGACCGCCGAUCCCAAUAUCGCAAGAUGAGCGUCGAACAAUUGUAAAUAAUUUAAUUUAGUUGAAGCACGAAAACGUUUAAAUUAUCAUGAAAAAAAAACAUUAUGUUGCGCCAAUGAGAAGAGCGAUCUGUUUCCUGAUAGAUGCUGUUGAAUUGAUUUUGGGAACUGGCAGCGAGAAUGGUCGGAAACAGAUUUGAGCGCUUUUAGUAGGGAGCUGCAAGGAGAGAACUUAAUUUACUAAUGUACAAAUUGAUGGCAACAAGAAAAAAAAUUGUCAGGAAGGGCAGAGGAACGAUUGUAAUCACGUUACUGUAUUGAUCGAUGAAUAUGAAUGAACUCCGCAAGAAAAUAAAUUCAUGCACUGUACGAACUGUCUCCCACGAUAGAGCUAAGCAUAUGUUGGAUGAAAUAUGGUUUCUGUAAGAAAUAACAUACAAUUUAAAGCAAAGCAGAAAAAAAUAAAUAACUUUUUAGCAAAAGAGUUUCAA